UGUAUGUAGAAAAUCAUAUUGUUAGCUUUCAUUAGUUUGGGUUUUUCAAGGUUGAGUUUUAAAGAAGGCCCUUAUGAUUAUAGCCAUAUAUUUAAAAGCGAAGGAACAUUUCCUUAAGGAACAAAAUGCAAAAAGGUUAAUGCAUAAUAAUUAGAUCCUUUAUUUGAUGAUACACAAAUUAUUUAUUCAGGAUAUUUGAGUGUAUAUGAGAACAGCAAUUCAGCAUUGGGAUUCAUAUUCUAUGGAAGUUAGAAAGCUAAAUAAGAAAGUGAACUCUAGAAUUAUCCAACAUUGAUAUGGUUAAAUGGUGGUCCUGGAUCAUCUUCAUAAUUAGGUAAUUUUAUGGAAUUGGGACCAUUGUUAAUGUAGAGUAAUGGUAAAUUGAAAAAGAAUUUAUAUGCUUGGAAUACAGAAUAUAAUGUGAUUUUUGUUGAUCAACCAAUUGGUACAGGUUUGGCUUAUGUUGAGAAGCAAUCUGAAGUACCUACAAAUUAAAAAUAAAUUGGAUAAUAAUUUUUAUAUGCUUUAAAUUAAUUCUUAUUUGGAGCAAAGGGUUGUGUAGAAUAAUAACAAGUGAGAGGAUUGGCUUAAUCACCUUGGUUUGUAUUUGGUGAGAGUUAUGCUGGAAAGUAUAUAUAUUUAGUUUGAUUUAGGUAUGUUCCAACAAUAGCAAAAGCAAUUUUGGAUUAUAAUCUUAAUACUUAGAAGAAGAUUCCAUUAAAGGGAGUAGGAAUAGGAGAUCCUUUUACAGAUCCAUAUGCUGUAAUUGCAGAAUAUGCAGCUUAUUCUUUUAAUUUGGGUUUAAUUGAUAUUCAAGAGAGAAUGCAAGUAGAUUCUAUUUUAGCAUAUGGAUUGACAGAAUUGAAUAAAGGUAAUACUUUAGCAGCAAGGGAUGCUUUUGAGGAAUCUUUAGAUAUUAUCAUAACUUAAAGUGGUGAUAUGAAUGUGUACAAUGUUCUUUAAUAUGGUAAUUAUGGAGUAACUGAGGAGAAGGUAGAGAAGUAUUUGAAUGAUUUACAAAUAGUAAAUAAAUUUGGAUUUAGUGAAGAUUGGAAAUAUAAAAUUAGUAAUGCUGAUGAUGGUCCAGUAUAAAAGGCUUUGAAAUAUGAUUUCAUGUUGAGAGAUGUUGUAGCUACAGUAGAAGAAGUAGUUAAGCAAAUUCCAUUUUUAAUAUAUAAUGGAUAGAAUGAUCUCAUUUGUUCAACACCAGGAACUUUGAGAUGGGUUUAUGAUUUAAAAUACGAAAAGAUUGAGGAAUAUCGUUAGAAAGACUUUGAUAUAUUGAAGAUUACAGGGACAGAAAGAAUUGUAGGAUAUUAAAAAUCGGCUGGAAAUUUAGAAUUAGUAUUAAUUAAUAAUGCUGGACAUCUUGUGCCUACUGAUUAGCCAGAAGCAUCAUUGUAAAUGGUUACAACAUUUGUUAAUAAACAUAAAUGAA